UGGAACACUAUAGUAAAAUGUCAUUCUCCGACAACAAUUAAAAAAUGUCGGAAUCGUGUCAAGACGGUAAUUGUCACGGAAAUAACGAAUAUGGGCCCGACGAAUCACCCACCAAACUCAUCGUCAAUUACAUUCCUGAAGUCAUGACCCAGGACAUGAUGUACUCACUGUUUUCGACAAUGGGUAAAUUGGAAAGUUGUAAACUGAUAGCAAAUCGAGGAUAUGGGUUCGUAGAGUACACUUGUCCUGAGGAUGCAAUAAAAGCCAAGAAGGCGUUUAAUGGAUUACUCAUGCAGAACAAGACUUUGAAAGUGUCUCACGCACUCCUCAAUCCAGAGCUAAAGCCCCCGUCGAAACCGGAAGCCGAUUGGAACCUCUAUGUAUGUAACCUACCUAACGAACUGACCUUGCAGGACUUACAUGGACUUUUUGCACAAUUUGGUAAAAUAGUUAAUUCGCGUAUAGCUGCUGGUAUAGCAUUUGUUUUAUAUGAGCACCAGUAUGAAGCAGAGAGGGCCAUUCAAAAUACUAAUGGCACCACACCACCUGGUUUUUUACACCCAUUAACUGUUAAGUAUGCUAAUAAGAGUAAUCCUAAUAAACAUAAAAACAAUAACAACAAUAAUUUUUCUAGAAGUCCUUUGGUAAAACCUUAUCAUUGGAUAAAUCACAUGGGUGCUAUGGGAGAUCACAAUUCUCCAAGCACAUGGUCUAUUUACGUUUAUAAUAUUGCUCCAGAAGUCGAAGAGCUAACUUUGUGGCAGCUAUUUGGUCCGUAUGGUGCUAUUGUUUCUGUUAAGAUUAUCAAGGACCACCAAACUAAUAAGAGUAAAGGGUUUGGUUUUGUGACUAUGAGAAAUUAUGAUCAAGCAGCGAUGGCGAUACAAGCCUUGAAUGGUUAUGUCCUUCAUGGCCAGCCUCUCUCUGUUAGCUUCAAGACUCAGAAAAGAUAAUGCUGUGAAAAAAGACUUACACUUUACAAUAUCAGUACUGCAAUAAAUAGACAAAAAUAAUAGUAAUAAUAUCAUUUCAUAAUUGGCAUUGACAAAACAAAGUUUACAAUUAAUAUUCUCAAUUCCAAGCUCUUUCCACAUUGUAAUUCUUUAUGUAACUUUUUGUGAAGUCUGCAAACAAUUGUUGAAAAUAUUUUAUUAAUUUGAGCUAUCGACAUUGUUAAGUUUGUUUCUUAUUAUGAAUAAUAAUUUAUUCAGUUUGCUCGUUAAAUCUUUCAAGUUUACUAGACAUUUAAGAUUUGUAUUGAUGAUAACGGUGAUGAUUGUUGUACGAAAGUUCAAUAUCAGUUGUGAGCCAUGAUGCUUCAUUAUUUUUAUCUAUUAUUUAAGUAUAAUAAACAAUUUUAAAGAAAGUGCUUUUACAAGAUCUUACUAAUUGAUAAGCCACAUUGAGAUGUUUAAUCAGUUACUAGUUUUAGUUGUACACUUUUUAUAACAUGAUGUCUAUUUAGGUAGUGAAAACAAAAUCUAGAUUAUAUCAUAUUUAUACAUUUAGUAUAAAAUUUGCUGAAUUAAAGUUCAUUUUCACAAUUUUA